AUGGAGGUUUCAAGUGCUGUAGUUACAGGGGCACUUUCAAAGUCUACCUAUAUGAGUGUGAAGGUGGUGCCGCCUUCUAUGGAAACGGAAUUAACAGUCCUUGGUUCAAUUGAUUCUCUUAGGCUCGGUAUUCUGUCUGUCCUUCGUUUGUGCGGACGCAGGCAGAAGAUCAUUGAUCGGGCUUCGUUUUAUCCUCAGAACAGAUUCGCUGUAACCCGGUGCACAUCAAUUGGUGGGGGCGAAUACUCUUGCCGGAUUGGCUGGGCCAAUUCAAUAUACCUUGAUCUGUCGUCGAACUCAUUUUCCCAUCCCAUCCCGGAUUUGUUUGGGAAACUUCAACUUCUGAAGUACCUUGAUCUUUCAGGGAAUUCGUUUAGUGGGUCCAUUCCUCAAUCGCUGGGGACGUUGUCAGCUUUGGAAGAAUUGCGUAUUUGUGGGAAUCAGUUAAAUGGAACAAUUCCAGUUUCUCUUGGUCAAUUAUCAAGCCUUAAGAUACUGGAUCUCUCUUCUAAUCAGUGA